AUGAGUUUAGAGUUAUUGGCAAAUGAACUCUUAGUUGAUAUAUUCGAGUUUUUAAAUGUUCACAAUCUAUUUCGUGCUUUUCAUGGUUUAAAUACUCGUAUUGAUCAACUGCUUUUAAUUCAACUUCAAAAAUAUUAUCUCGAUUUUCGUUCCAUAACAAAACAUGAUUUUGAAGUUUUCUCUCAACAACAUCUCACUUCUAUUAAUGAUCGAAUUAUUUCACUUCAUAUAUCCGAUGAUAUCGAAACACCAAAUUUACCUGAACUUCUUCUCUCGCAUGGUUAUCGCAUCAGUCAAUUCAUUCAUUUGAAAUCCCUUUCAAUCGACUCUAUCUCUUCUUUUGAUCUAUUAAAUCAAAUAAUACUGCAAUGUCAUGAACUUUCAUAUCUAACACAUCUAAACAUAAUGAUACAAAAUAACCAUGAUCCAGAGGAAAAUUUUCGCGAUUUUAUCAAUAGUAUUUGGAGUCUAACAAAACUUACUCAUUGCAAUCUAGAUAUUCGAUAUCCGUAUGCGACAUGGCUUCUUGAAAUGUCAGCGUUUUCGAAGUCAAUCAAAUAUUUAUCUACUAGAAACAUCAGCUAUAAUGAAUAUAAUUUAUCACAUUUAAUCAAACAUACACCACAACUUCGAGGACUCGAUAUGAGUAGUAUUGGUCUAUUCUAUAAUCAAUAUCCUCGAGUUACAUUUUCAUCACUUAUUUCAUUGCAUAUGGUUGUGGAAUGCGCAUUAGAAUUCAUGAAAAAUUUCUUUCAACGAAUACCAAAUUUAUGUUAUUUGACACUCGAAAUAAAUAAUAUGCAUUUAGAUGGACAAGCAUUGGAAAAUAUUUUUGUCAAAUAUUUUCACAAUAUUAAAACUUUUCGUUUUAAAAUGACAGUUGAAUUUUCACCAUUGGAAGAUUUAGAAGAACAAGUUGAUCAAUGUCUUGAUUCAUUUCGAAGUCAUUAUUGGAUUGCAAAACAUAAAUUGUACGUUCAAUGCGAUUGGUGCCCCAUGGAUGUCAACAAGACUGGUCUUGUCUAUAGUAUACCUUAUGCUUUUGAUACAUUUAAUUAUAUAGAUGGUAGGCAAUCAAAGUCGACGAGUCCUUGCAAUUUGAAUAAUAAAUCUCGUAUUUCAUCAAAAAUCGUUCAUUAUGCUCAUAAUAAAAUAGAUUUUUCAAAAUUUUCAAUUCUUGAUCCUGUUGAAUUUGUUAACAUUCGUCAUCUUAAAAUUAAACUUCCGUUCAAUGAUAUAUUUUGGUCACAUAUUCCAAGAUUAGAUCAAUUGAUUUCUUUGGAUGUCAAAUUAAGUCAAAAUUUUGGUUAUUCUCAAUUGCAAACAUUCCUGGAUCGAGCACCAAAUCUUUAUUCGUUACGUUUUUGUCAUUUGAAUAAUUUCUCAAUGAAAUCAUUCGGUAUCAAUAGUAGAUCAAUUCGUCGACUGGAAUUUUUUCAAAAUUUUCAAGUUCGUCUAAAAUAUUUUAAUAGUGAAGAAUGUACUAUUUUAUCUAAUUCAUCGCUUGCUGCUCAAUGUGAAGUUCUUUUGAUUGAUGUUGAAAAUCGAACAGAUAUUCUUCAAUUGAUCAACGUUAUGCCCAAUCUUCGAGCGCUAAGUGUUCGUCCUAAGGAUAAUGAGAAUAAUCAACUUCAAUCUUGGGAAAUAACGGAAAAUCUAAUUGAAUGGUUACAUAAAAAUUUGCCAUCUAAUUAUACAUAUUCCAUCACUCGAAAUUUCUAUAACUUGGCUCGUAUUAGCAUAUGGCUUUCAACUGCAUCCUAA